CGCGAAAUCGACUCAGUUGACCAACCUCUCUUGCGUUUUUCCGGAGUGAACCGUGUGCGGUGAAAAUAAAGCCAAAUUUUACAUUCUCACAAAACCUGAUAAUCAACAACAUAUCGCAGAAACAGAGCCUUGUAAUAUUUGAAAGAUGGCAGACACAGAGCAAAGGAGUCCACCUCCUCAGUCAGGCCCUGUGCAAUUCCUCUUGAGUAAUAAGCUGGAAACAGCUAUGUGGCUGUCACGGCUGUUCACUGUCUACUGCUCCAUCAUGUUCAUUCUGCCACUGCUUGGCCAUGCUGUGUUUCUUGUAAUAAGAUGGAAGGAUGUUUGGUUUGUGAUUUACAGUGGCCAAGGCAGCUUGCUUCAGCCAUUCAUCUACUACAGGUUUCUCACUCUGCGCUAUUCCUCAAGACGCAACCCAUAUUGCCGGACUCUGUUCACGGAGCUGAGGAUUUUACUGGAGCAUUUUGUGAUGAAGCCCAGCUGUCCAGCCUUCUUCAGGCGGAUGUGCCUCAACAGCAUUGCCUUCAUUAGCCGCCUUGCUCCCACCGGUGUCUAACUAACAUGCACAUACUACUACACACAGUUCACAGAUUGGGACAGUUUUGAGAUUGACUUACAAACAAGAUAGCCAAGUCUGAUCACUCAGAGAUGGAUGUCCUCCUCUGCACUGAGGCAUUUGCUAUGUUUGGAGAGACUAUCAAUCUGAUCGACUACAUCCAAAAAACAAAACAGCAAGAUGUAUCUCUGUGCAGUUGUCUGAUAAGGGGUACAACUGUUUUCAGUUCAUUAGUUUUUAUAUUCAUAUUGAUUUUCAGGGGGUAGAGAGGAGCCCUUGAGAUGUUUAAUCUUAACUGUUAGGGUAAAGCGAUAUAGCUCGUCUUUCUAAUGAAAUCACACCACAUUGAGAAAUCACAUUUCAGCAGUCAUUAGGCUUGUC